GAAAUCAAGGAGUUAAAGGAUAGCAAGAAUGAAUUAGUUAAAGAGAAAAAAGAGUUAGAAGAGAAAAUUAAAGAGUUAACAGUUUUUAAAGAAAAAUCAAAAGAUUUGGCAAAAAUAAUUGAGGAACUUUUGUUAGACUACUCUGAAUUAAGUGAACUUGAGGAAUUAUUAGAGAAGAUUAAAAUAGGUGAGUUAAAUGAAUUGAAUGAAGUUGUUAUGAGAAUUGUUGAGAAGUGGGAGAUCGAUGCAAAAACUCACUUUAUUUCUUUUACUGAAACUAGCAAAGAAUUUAAUGAUGCUCAAAAAGCAGAAUUAAGAGAAGACUCAGAGAAUAAGGCAAGACAGAUUGAGGAAAAAUCCAAAAGACUGCGAGAAGCAAAAGACAGGAUUAACGAGCAAGAACU